GGAAACUGUAACCGGAAGCGGAACUGCUGGCGGAGCGGGAUGGGAGAAGCGCGCGGACGGACACACGGGGGGACAAGAUGGCGGCGCGGUGGAACCACGUCUGGGUCGGAGCGGAAACUGGAGUUUUGAAAGGUGUGAAUCUGCACAAGAAGCGUGCCAGCAACUACACAGAGCUGUCGGUGCUGAGCCGCGACCAGGAGGUAUGCGCCAUGUGUUGGGGCUGCCCACAGGAGUCUGAGGUGGUCCUGGGCUGUUUGAACGGCUCCGUCAAGGUGUUCAGCACGGAUAAGGAGAAGUUCACGGAAUUCCGGGAUUGUGCCGGAUGGGGGAGGGGCCUUUGUGGGGUCGCUGUGUUGCACUGUGUGGUGGGUGUGGGUGGGGGGGGUGGUGUAUGCUGGCUCUGA